AUGUUUGUGAAAAUUUUUAAACACUGUUGUGACAGUGGUUUUGGAUUUGGACUGGCCAAACGCCUGGACUCGCUGGGCUUCACGGUGUUUGCCGGCUGUCUGCUGGUAGACAGUGGUGGGGAGGGGUCGAAGAAACUCCGGGCGGAGUGCUCGAGCAGACUGAGUACUGUUCAGAUUGCCGCUGUCAGACAGAUCAGGGACAAUCUACCGAUUGAAGGUUUGUACGCAUUGGUGAACAAUGUUGGAGUCUGGCAGCCGGGAGAGAUAGAGUGGGUCAGCAUGGCCGCCUACCGACGUGUCAUGGAAGUGAAUGCCUUCGGUGCCGUGCGGGUCACCAAGGCGUUCUGGCCUCUGAUUCGUCGGGCGAAAGGCCCUUUUGCUGGUGCCUAUUCCAUGACCAAGGCCUCCGUGGAAUUUUUCUCGGACGCCUUAAGGCACGAGAUGCACAAGUGGGGAGUCAAAGUCGUCAUCGUGGAGCCGGCCAGCUUUGGACGGGCUACAAAUAUCGUCUCACCUGCCGUCUUCGAUAAUUUCGUUGAUGAUUUGGGGAACAACGUUGAAGAUGUUGUUAAAGAGGAUUAUGGCAUGGAGUACUUUGACUUAGAGGUGAAACAACUGAAGAUCGAUCACCAGGGCGAAGGUGCUUCGAGGGAUCCAACGGCUGUGAUAGAAGCCAUGGUGGACGCCGUCACCCUGACCACUCCCUCACAUCGCUACUUGGUAGGGUCGAGUUUUGAGGACUACGUCACUUGGAUGUGGUUGGGCUACUUUCCCACACGGUGGACGGGUUCUACCCUGCUGGCUGAUAAGGAAGGGGACCCCAAACCAGCCAUGCUGAAGAAAACUCGCUAG